AGCAGAUGAGGAGAACCAAUGAGCUGGAAGACAACUCGCUCAAUCUGCUUCCUCUGCAAAGCUUCGGGGCAUUGCACAGGAAACCUGCUGCUGUGUCAAGUCCCAGAGAAGUUUCUUCUCGUCCAAGUUACUAAUCACACUGAAACGCGAGUCCAAGGAAAGGUCAGGGAGAAAAGAGUGCUCGCUGCUGCUGCUGCUUAAGAGGUGCUACCACGCAGAAGCCAACGGGAGAGCAGAGGGGGCCUGGCCAUGGUCACUGCUGCACCUGUGAGGAGAAAAACCACCGAGUGAGCAGCAGAAAUCAGAAACCAGAAAUGUCCUGCUUUUGGAGAACUUCUGACCUAGUCGUGCUCUUGAUAUGGGGGGUCUUUGUGGCUGAGUCAAGUUGUAUGAAUGGGAAUCAAACAUCACAGAAUGGUUCAUUACGUGCAGAAGUUAGUGCUCCAGUGUCUGCACAGAUGGGUACCAAGGCUCUGCUGUGCUGCAUUCCUAUUUCGUGGACAAAAGUAAUAUUAAUAGCGUGGAAAAUAGCCCUCAGAGGCCAACCUCCCUGCACAAUGUCCUACAAAGUAGAAACAAAUGAGACAAAUGAAAUCAACUGUACGGACAGGAGAAUCACCUGGGCCUCCACACCUGACCAGAGUCCUGACCUUCAGAUCAAUACAGUGGCCCUCGGUCAUGAUGGACAUUAUUCUUGUGAGAUAGCAUCAGCUGAAGGGCAUUUUCAAAUGAUACAUGACCUCCAAGUUCUAGUCCCCCCUGAAGUAACCCUGUUUCCAGGGGACAACAGAACUGCAGUUUGUGAGGCCAUUGCAGGCAAGCCUGCUGCUCAGAUCUUUUGGGCUCCAGCUGGGUAUCAUGUCACUAAGAAUGAAUCCCACAGCAAUGGCUCUGUGACUGUCAGGAGCGCAUACCAUUGGGAACACAACACUGUGUCUGCGGUGGUCUGCUUUGUCUCCCAUCCAACUGGCAACCAGACUCUGACCAUAGAACUGAACGAAGGUGGAGGCAAGGCAUUAGGAUCAUAUAUUUCAUACAUCAUCCUAUCUAUCAUUUUUAUUUUGAUCAUCGCAGGAUGCUUUUGGCUUUGGAAAAGCAGUGACUUCAGAAAAUGUAAAUGGACAAGACCAGAAGCUUCUCCAGUUGUUGAGGAGCUUUUUCCAAGGAUGAAAUGCAACCUUAUGCUAGCUACACAGAGAAGAGCAAUCCACUCUAUGACACUGUGACCAAGGCGGAGGCAUGUCCAGCAUCGCAAGGUGAAGUCAACGGCACAGACUGGCUUGCUUUAUCAGUCACUGAAAACUAGCACAAAGAAAAAAUGAAUCAAGAGACAUAAUUACUGUUUUGCUUUCCUUAAAAUUCUACAAUGGAAAGAUGACUUGGGAAUUAGCUCUUCAAAAGUUAUUAGAAACCACAAAUGUUCUAAUGGAUUUGCAUCUGUAUUCUUCUGUGACUGGAGGUUUGGAAUCUUUGCUGCUACCAGUUAGUUCUUUGAAGAACUGAUGUAAUUAUUGCAAAGAAAGCACAAGGUUAUGACACAAUAUCAAAUUGUGCAAUACAGUAUGAUGAAAACUGAAUUUCUUUAAGACAUAACUACAAAAGGAACAAUCAUUACUAAAGAGUUUCUCAUGAAUUCUUCCAAAAAAUUUCUCUGUAUAUGACAUGCCAAUGGUUUAUGUGUGCAUUUAUAUGUUUAUUUACAUAUGUAUAUACACACACAUCAUUUUGUCAAGACAGCUCUUCGUCAAAACAUGCUGGAAUGCUUGACUUAUAAAAGUUAAUAAUGUGAGUCUUGGGAAACUUUAUAUAACAGCAUAAGCAAAACUACCUCAUUCUUUUAAUGUCUAUGUAAAAUUCUAUGUAUGAUUAUAUUGUAAUUUAAUUAAUCAUGGUCCUUGGAUGGGCCUUUAGAUUUUGUUUUGUGUUUGGUAUUAUACAAUAUCAAAUAGAAUGUUUCUUGUGGGUAAUCUCUACAUUAUUUGAGUACAUUGUGAGAUUUCUUUGAGUGUAAUUGUCUUGUCAGUAUUUUUAUUAUCAAUAGAUUAGUUAAACUGUGCCAAUUUACAUUCCCGCCAAUUGUGUUUGAAUGUGUCUUUCUCCAUGUUCUUAUUCUUGUAUCUUUAAUAUUCUCACCUCCACAGUUUCUAUCCCAUUUUAAUUAAGCAGUUGGUUGAUGUGUCUUAAGAUUAUGAUAUUAACUCUAUUAUUUUUAGAAGUGGAUUCAUGUCUUUGUCAUGUCUUCAAGAGAAAGACAGCUUUUGUAAUGACAGUAAUUUUCAACUCCUUGUAUAGCUACAGAGAUGCUGACAUCUCAUGCAUAACAGUUUUACACAUGUUAUGAGUUGUGUACUUUUAACAUUCUAUUCUGAUGUAUUUAUCAAAUAGCAAGUGUCUUUGGACUAUCUCUGUAGGUGGGACAACUUGGAGGUAUUUACACAAUAAAAGAAUGAUAAUGGGUAUAUAAGUUCCCUCCAUUUUGGUUAAGAGAGAGAUACGGGAAAUACAAAUAUUAAUAAUGUAAAUUAUUUUUUACUUGUUAAAAAUAAAUCUGUUCCCCUUUAUAUCAGGGAAAAUAUUUAAGAUGGUACUUUAAAAAAUCUUACUUUGUUUGCUUUGUUCUUUUGAGACAAGACCUUGCUUAUAUCGAAGGUAGUUCCUUGACUCACCAUAGAGGUCAGGCUGGCCUUCCACGAACUGUGAUUACAACUAUGUGGCAACAUAUACACAAAAAUCUUUUUAAUUACAAUAAAAUGGUAGAAAUUAAAA